AUGACAGAAUUUUCGUUUAUUUCUGUCCCUCUGGACAAGACCAGUUUAACCAGUGUAGAAAAACUCAAGCACAUAAUUGUCAAAACUAACCUGGCCUCCUGCAGCAAGUUCUCCAUUCCAGAUCUCAAGGUGGGAAUACUGGACAGUCUUCUCAGCGUGUCAGAUGAUCUCUCCAAGCUCGACACACUGACUGAAAGUGUGAUUAAAAAAACACAUCAGACUAUGAGGGAGGUGAUGGAGCAGUCCAGUGACAAAGUGCUGGAAAACGCCUUAGCCAAUGGAGUGGAGCUGAUGAGCUACAUGACCAAGUUUCAGUGGGACAAAGCCAAGUACCCCACAGCUCUGCCUCUCUCCAGCCUGACAGACAUCAUCAACAAGGAAGUUUCCCAGAUGGAGACGGAAUUAAAAUCUCGAGCUGCGGCGUAUAACAGUGUGAAAAUGAGCUUGCAAAGCCUCGAGCACAAACUAGAUGGGACUUUGCAAACUCGCAGUCUGAAUGACAUAGUCAGGAAGGAAGACCUGGUGGUCUCAGAGUACCUCACCACUCUACUGGUAGUGGUGACCAGAGGGAGCUACUUGCAGUGGGAGAGGACCUAUGAGUCUUUGUCAGAGUUUGUGGUUCCACGGUCCAGCAGGAAGCUGUACGAGGACGGAGAGGGAGGCCUUUUCUCAGUUACACUUUUCAAAAGAGCUGUGUGUGAAUUCAAAGCCAAAGCCCAGGAGAGCAAGUUCACCGUGCGCGACUACAGCUUUGAUAUGGAGGCGAAGAAGCAGCAGGAUAUGAAGAAGCAUAGUGUUCUCAAGAAGGAACAAUAUGGAGUCUUCGUGCGUUGGCUUAAGGUGAAUUUCAGUGAGGUGUUUGUUGCCUGGAUUCACUUGAAAGCAAUGAGGGUGUUUGUGGAAUCAGUCCUCAGGUAUGGAUUACCGGUGAACUAUCAGGCUCUUGUGCUGCACACGGACAAGAAGCAUUCAAAGAAACUGAGAGAAAAACUCGCCUCUCUCUUCAUACAUCUGGACCCCACCGCCACUGCCAGCAAGACAGAUGUAAGCUGUGAUAUCCCAGGACUCUGUCAGCAUGAGUACUUGUCCUACGUCUGCUUCCAUAUCAACACCAAUCUGCUGGAGAUCAGCUAA